AGUACAGUAUGUCAAAAUGACAAAUUGUUUAUUCAUUCAACAAAUACAUCAUGUAGCUUUUCACACGUCUUCCAAGGUUCACUUGGGUUACAUGUGUAUAUGUAAAGCUUUUCCGUACAAGAGUGUUUGCACACUGUAAAAUGACUUGGUUUGAAAAGUUCUUUAAAAAUAAUUGAAACGAAAAAUUUAAAUUUAAAUUUGAUUUUAACCAGCAAAUGGCACCAAACUAGUGUAAACUGAGGGAACCGUAGGGAUGGUUUACGUAUAUACAAAGCACUUGUACAUGUACAUUGUGUAUAUGUACAUGUACAGAACUGGAACCUAUGGUACUGUACGAGUACACGUUAAUGUAUGGCACAAGUUUUUUCAUUCAGUUCUUUCAUUUCUAUGUAGGAAAAAGAAUAAUGAGUUAAAGAAUAGGAACACAAACAUUCCAUUUGGUUUAUUUAGAACUUGGACAUAAUUCAUGCCAAUUGAAGUACAUGUAUCUAAUUGCUUUUGAAAAAGGGUUUCAUGUUUCACUCUUCAGAUGAGCUCCUCCACAUUACCUUGAUUAAUCAUUAACGCAGAUGGCUCAUUGGCCAAAGUCUGACACCAAAUUGUUUGCCAAGCACUUGGACUUCAGAGGCAUCCCCUCAGCCCAAAACCAACCAAUCCUUGGGCUGCCCUCGGCAUUUGUUGGCGUGGGGGUGGGUGUGAUAAGAGAUUUUGAAAGUCCGCAUAGGAAAUUUGGCAACACCAAAGUAUCCCAGUCAGAUGUAAAGCAAGUUGUGCUCUUGCAGGUUGGUAUGGUUCCGGUACAUUGCCUGUAGACCAGGCAUUUCUGUGGAAGGCAAAGCCAUUAUUGCAGUCUCACAUUACCAUUAAAACAUACAAGCAUUCUUAGACGUGGCAUCAGUUCUCAAGAACAAGAUGUCAACUCACUCGCCCUUCAUCCUUUCAAGACCAACCUCCAAACCGAAGAGGCGGACUGGCAUGGCUUCACCUCUCACUAAAAAGAGGCGCUCCUCCCCCAGAUCAGCAGAGAAGGCGGCUCGGCCCAGGCGGCGUCUCGGGGUCGCCACAGUUACCAGUAAUCAUCAAGGAGGCAAGAAGAGACACCAGAGAGAUGGAGUCAGAGACAUUGCUUCUGUAGCCCAGUGCCAGGAAUUCCAAGAAGAUCUCGACAGACUGAUCAGCUGGUUAACAGCCACCAUUGACCAAUCAGAGCAGUGGAAAGCACCCUCCGACAACACACUCAGCAUCAGAGUACAGCUGGAAAAAUACCUGGCUUUUGCUAUGGAACUUCAGACCCGACAGCAUCUGAAAGACAACGUUAUACUCCGGGGACAAGACCUCAUCUACCAGUACCCCCACCUUGCCAGCAACCUUCAGACUACGGUGGACCUCAUCGCCAGGCAGUACCAGCGGCUGGAGGAGAGGCUAGACACCCAGUUCAGACAGCUAGAGGAAGCGCUGGCGGCCCUGGAGACUAGCACCAGAUCAGACUCGAAGGGUCACCGGUCAUUUGAUGCUGAGCUGAUCAUAGACUCGAUCGAGCAGAUGUCGUUCCGCCUUCAGAACAGCAAGCGGCGCAACUCUCCCAUGGAAGUCAGUGUGAAAGCCUUGAACAAGCAGGUGGACACAUUCAACACAUCCAACAAGUUGGCCUCGACUGGAGCCAGUGAUUCUUCUUGUAGCUCCUCCCCCGACUUUGAUGUUCUGUAUGAGGAGCUUUCCGAUUGGCUGAGUGAGCUGAACAUGGCUGUGACGGACAGCCAGAAAGGCCAGUCAGAUCAGAGGAUGGAACAGAUGUUUAAGGGUUAUACACAAGAGCUGCACCUCCGAGAAGUAACGCGGGCUAAACUUAACAAGAAAGCCCAUCGCAUCGUGGCCCGCCGCCCCUCUACCACCGCCGAGGUCUCCACCAAGCUCCAGGCCAUCAAUGAGCAGUGGGCCAGUCUCCAGGCUCGCCUGGAGCAGCCGACAGCCACCACCUGCUCCCCAGGGGACCCAGCUGUCUUUGCCAGCUCGGAGGAGGUCAUGACGGUGACUCUGGAGGUGGAGGAGGUCAUAGUGCAGCUGAAGGUGUGGCUAACGGAGAUGGAGAGGAAGCUGUUUGCCACGGAAAGCAUCAAGUGCCCCGGCAGUGUGGAACACAUGGAGAAACGACUGGAAGCACACAAGGAGCUUCAGGAGGACAUUGCUAAGAAUUCAGAGGGCAUCCAGGUGGUUCUCAACAUGUGUGAGAUUCUGCAGAAAGACAAGCACGCCUGCGCCAGCGAGAAGGAGCGAGAAUCGCUGCAGUUGGCGGCUUUUAACCUGGAGCGUCGCUGGCAAGCCAUCCAGGCACAGGCCAUGGCAUUACAGUGCAGUCUGGAGGAAAAAAUCCGAACGUUCAAGGGAAACAGAACAGCAGUGGCUGAAGAUAUUCAGAGUGAAGCUGCCUCUGUUGGUGACAAAGGGAAUAAUCCCUUGCCCUCCAUGAAAGCUGAUCUCCUUCCCUACCAGCCCUCUGGUGCUAAAGACGAUUCAGCUUUAUUCAGUCUCGGUCAUGGCAUCAACUAUGAUGAUAUACUUCUAGUCCGUGAGGCGUUUUCAGAGAAUGAUGCCUUUAGCAUCAGCGAUGCAUCUGAGGUGUCUCUUGGUGACUUUGCAUUUGAUGAUGUCCUACCUAUGAAGGGGGAAGACGAAGAGGUGCCCCUGUCCGUCCCAUCCCAGACCCCAGACAUCAUGGAGAUGAGUGAUGAGAUGAUUGACGCCUAUCUCAAGAUGGAGGAAGAUCAGCUGCGGCUGGAGGAGGCCUCCAUCAAUGGCAACAUGCUCCCGGAUGUUGCCGAGAUCAGAGGCAGGAGCAACUCGGAGUUGGAAUUCUGGUCCAUGUCGCCAAGGGAGGAUAUCACAAUGUCCAACUCGGUAGAGCUCCCCAAUGUCAUGCCUUCCCUGGCAGACUUGGAUCAAGAACCGGUCCUCCUCCGAGAAGGAGCUAACUCCCUAAAAGCGUCUUCAGCCCACUCUACAACAAACUACCACCGGAUCACCUUGGGCAAGUACAGUACCGGAACGGUGGAUUUCAUGUCAUCUGUGGUCAAAGAUACUCUGGAGAGCCUCUGCUCUGAUGACGAACUGGAAGACGAUGUAAAUGAAGCAGAUGAUGAAGAUGAAGAGGAUGUAGACGUGACGUUGACUGAUGAACGAUGCAAGAGUAGAAUCCAAGAAAAUGAUAAUGAUGAUGGCCAAGUCCUUGGUAAUCUUGUGUUCACCAUGGAAGACUUAGAUGAACCCAUUGCCACCCCGAGCCCUGUCCCCAAACCUGUGAAACAUCUCAGCCGUUCACUACCAGUGAUCCAUCACACCUUGCAAAGCAGAGACAUCCCUACCCAUGAUUACCCUGCAUCCUACCCCACCCAACCGGUUCCCAACACCUGGUCUCAUCCGAGCGUCACCAUUGCUAAAUCUCCUCGUCAAAAGAAAGGUUUUUUCCCUUCCCAUGCUACCUGUUUCUUACCCAACCCCUUUGACGAAGUCCUCAGUAGCAGUCCAGUUAAACAGGAGAAGUUUAUGAACACAAGUCCCUCAACUGAGCUCCGUAAGCUCCGGAGACGCCUGAGCCAAGUCUCCAAUCCAUUCAGUGAAGAGGAACCAAGACGUCAGCAGAAAGUGACAUCUCCCCCUCCCCGAGACAACCUUCUUGAGAUCACAGACCUCAGCUUGUCCCAUAUGUAUGAGUCGCUGGACUUGGUGACAGAGCUGACGCAUUCUCUUAUGCCGGGUGCUCGUCCCCCAAGAGAUGAUGUUGACAUUCCGCUGGAUUUCCCGCUCCUUGAACAAAUUGAAGAUUCUGAUUCAGAUUUGUUCAGCGACAGCAGCGAAGAAAUAGAAAGAGAAGAGCUUGUCCAAACGUGGAUCAACGAAAAUAUGCCAACCCCUCCCGAAAUCAUUCCUCUGGAGAUGCCGCCCGAGUUGCCUUUUAAUACCGCCUUCAGCUUGGAAGGCGGCAUUCAACAAAUCCCCACCCACGACCUCCCCAGCCUGCCCGUGUGCAAUCCCGAGGGUGUGAACCCAGGGCAGGAAACACCAGACUUGGUGAACAGCCUACCGCCUCACCCUGGUCCAGUAAUAGACCAAGUACAGGAAGCAGAUGGUUUCCUGGAGUCACUCCCCUUGGAGAGCCAAGCCAGUCAGGGUCACUGCACCGACGCAGAGAGUGUGGAAGCGCCCAAUGAGGAAGUGAACCUCACUGAACAGGAAGUGGUGAAUCAGCAUGGAGCCAGCACUGCAAUCAGUGCAUGUAGUGAAGCACUUCCAGAAUCUGAUAGUGCAGCGAGCAGUAAUGGUUCAUACAGCUUCAGUAAAUCAAUGCUGGACAGUAGUUGUGACUUCAGUGCCAUCAAAGAACGACUGAGGAAAGAAAUCAUGGAUCAGCCCAACCAGAAGCAGGCCUACUUCACCUAUCUGUCCAAGCUGGCCGAGUCUUGCUCCGAUGACAAGAACCUGAGCCAAAUCCUGGGAGAGUUCAAUCACCAGAAAUGCUACCUGUGGUCCAUUGGGGGCUCUCCAGAUCAACCUAAACAAUCCACAGAUGACUCCCAAGAUGUACUUGAUACCGCCAGUGAUAGCUGGCUGGAUGUUGCCUCCCAGUGUUCAGACGAAACCGACAAACUCCUUGAAGCAUCAAGCUCACUAGUGGAAGAGCUGGAGCGAGGAGCCCGCCUCCAGGCCAAACCUCUACCGGAAAAUGAGAUCGGCAGUUGGCGCGAUGUCAUCGUUCUGUGGCUGGAUGAGCAGUCCACUUCUACCAAGAGUGAUGAUGUCACUGAUUCUGAACAUGGUAUCACAGCUCCCAGUGAUGACCUCAUCAACAGCGAUAAUGUCAGAGAUACUGUCAUAAAAAACAAAGGAACGCAAGACUCCACAUUCAAGCCCAAUUGCCAGCGUGGCAAGAACAUCACAAGUCUAUUCUCUGAACAGAAAUUGGAAGUCUUGAAAAUCCACGAUGACGCAUCUUUUGAUGCCACCGAUGAUGGUAUAGUUCCAGACUCCAAUCCUCAGGAAGCAUAUGAAGAAAGUACCGACUAUGGUGUCAUCACCAAUGGAAAGCAAUGGUCACCACCCUCAGAACUCAUCGACAGUGGCAACUUCUCAGCUGAUGGUACACUAGAUGAUGAGAGUCUUCUGUCUGAGAACCACGUCUCUCCACUUACAUGUAGCUCUGACCAUCCAACCUGGAUGCCCAAUGCAGCAUCUCCGGAGGAUGAGGACCAGGCAAGAAGCCAGCUCAUCUCGUCCCCAUCAGCCCACCCCGCCCUCAUUCUCCCUGACACCAAGGAUGCAGCAUCCGGCUCGGGUUUUCCUCCCGUCACCUCUGAUCACGUCUCUGUCUCUGCCCACCGGCAGGAGUCAAGCUACGUUGGCCGCGUCCUCUGUCUGGGCCUGCCCAUCUGCAUCUUUCUCUUCUUCUGCAUCCUUUUUGUCUUGCUCCUGCCGGCUGUCAUCGUCUCGGCAACUGGAGAUUGCUCCUUGUCGCUGACCGACAAUCUCAUGCUGCACAGCCCGAGCUGGGAGCCCUUACUACACUACGUCAGAGGACCUCCACCACAGUAGCUGUUGCCUGCUGUUGGUAUGUGAUAGUACUCAUAAACAGACCUUUCAUUCCCUCACAGAUGAUGACCUCUGUACUGGUGACAUCAUUCUCUGAUUACAAGUGCUUUUUCUGUGGAGCCAGUGAGGGGCCCAUGGUCCACUAAACACCACUGGAACACACCCACAUACAGUGACGAAAUCAUCAGUACAGAGGUCUGUUAAUGUGAUUAACUUAUGCAUACAUGUGUGCGUGAGGAAGUACCGGUACAUGUACACUUUUUUCAACAAAAAAAGAUAAUGGGAUUGAUAAAAUUACCUCUGGUUCUCUAAAAUGGCAUAUAAAACUUGAAAAUUUGUUAAAUUUUAGCUGCUUAAUAGUGGAGAGGACAUGUACAUAAACAGUGUUACUCAAGUUGAAUGAAAUCGUCCAACACCUGUUGUGAAACUCUUUCACUUACAUGUACAUGUAAACUAAACAGCCACUACAGCUAGAAGCCUUUGCUGAGGUUGGACUUUAAUUACAUGUAGGUUAUACAUGUACAUGUACAUAUUCAGUGAUUGGUCCCGGGACUAACAGGACGCAAAACUUGUGACCACCCAAAUGGCUGGGAACGGCACAUUUAAAAGCACCUUGAGCUUGCAUGUGAGUGUGUUUGCACCUUAGUUGAGUUUGUAUCUUACUGUGGUAGGCUGGUCAGUCUACAUGUACACGUGUCUCUCCAUCCAGUUUUUGACUGGAUAUCCAAUCUAGGAAUGUCCAAGUGUCACCCAUUGUGUUUACCCCCAAACCCUGGAUGUACAGGUAUACACCAUACCCCUUCUUGCUUGCAUAGCCAGGCUGACGUGCUGAGAUUACUCCAUGCUGAAUUUACUCGUACUAACACAUAUGGGUGACUGCCCAAGACCCAGCAGAUCCUUUUGAUAAGUUGAAAAUCCUAAGAAUGAACGGUCUGUAAGUGGCAUCUUGUGAGAGAUGUUUCAGGCAUCUGAAAUUGUUGACUUAAUACAGAGCUACAAAACGGUUUGUAUUCAUUAAUACUCGCAACUGUAUUGGAAAUACAGUUAACUAUACCUGUGUUAUUUCCUUGUAUCAUGUAUAUAUUGGUGUGACAUAUACAUGUACAGUGUAUAUAUAAAAUGUGCUCAUGUUCUUUGGUGUAUAAGCUUUGCUUUGCCAUGUAAAUCUGAUUUAUGAAUCAUUCUAUAAAUCUGGGGUCAAAACAUCCAUUACACCUGACCAAUGGAAGCUGACGUGGAAGUAUCAUUGAAAUUGAUUUUAAAUUUUAUUGUUUGUAGCAGGUGUUUUGCAUUACUCAAUCACUAUAAGAAAUUAAAGACUGUGUUCCAAUCUUGCAAAGUUCUUUGUCAGAUGUGACAGGGACAUGAUUAAAGAAUUGGACCCCUGCUUUGUAGAAUCACCCUUAUGUACUAGCCUACAUGUACACCUGAUAUUAAGCAGUUGUGUUGUAAAUAUACAUGUAAAUGUUUGCUUUGUUUGUUCACGUUCAAAUGAGGACAAGGUGUUCUGAAAUGUCUACAGAUUAUUGGCUACACACUAGGUUUCCAUUUCAGUUUUAAUGAUUGAAGUUGUGUCCUGUAGCCAAUGCACCUUCGUAUACUGUGUUAUAUUUUUGCUUUCAAAGUACAUGUAAAACUGUUUCUGCAUUCACUGUGACUUAGCGGUAGAUUAAACGUUGAUAUUUAUACCCACUGCUACAUAGGACCCAUUUGUCUUUUAAAUUUGGUCCUGCCAAGAGACGGAGAGACGGUUUUUGUAGUUUUCUGAGUGAAGUCUUAGCCAUGGUUGCAGGUUGCUGCCUUGGCAGGCUGGUUCCAUCCCCCUGGGACUUGUCCUCGUCACUUUAUUCCUCUGUCUUGCCAUUUACUUUAACUUGAUUCAUUCUCAUCUUGCUUACUCUUGCACACAGUCCCUUCCAUCAUCUUGCCACAGUUCCCCUUCCCUCCAUAAUUCUUCUACCCCUCCACCUUUUACCAAACUGUGUCCAUCCUUUCUCAUUUCUGCUCAAGCACAGACCUUUCCCCUGCCCAACCUCUCUCCCAGCGACCUUUUGUCCCAUACAUUUACCUUCAUUGCUCCCUGCCCUUUUCCAGCCUUAUUUUUCUGUUCACUUCCCUGCUUUCCCUCUAUGACAGUAAAUCAUAAGCUUCUCUUAUCCUUAAAGCCUUUCAAUCAGCAUGGCAUACUUCUCUCUUUUUAUUUUGUCUUUAAGGCAUCUUAUUUUUCAUUCAACUUUGUCAUCCUCCCUGGGGCCAGUUUCA